AUGUUGAGGCUGAUGUGUUUCGUUGCAGUUCUGGUGGAAGCCUAUGGGUGUGGCCUGCCCACCUUCCCCCCUGUGGUGACCAGAGUGGUGGGAGGAGACGAUGUCAGACCCAACAGCUGGCCCUGGCAGAUCUCUCUGCAGUAUCUUAGCAACGGUGAAUGGGCCCACACCUGUGGUGGAACCCUCAUCUCUGACUCCUGGGUGCUGACCGCUGCCCACUGCAUCAGUAGUAAGUACACAUACCGUGUGUAUCUGGGUAAGCACAGCCUGAAGGAGGACGAGCAGGGAUCAGUGGCCAUCGCCGCCGCCAAGAUCAUCGAACACGAGAACUACAACAUCCUGCUCAGCCGUAAUGACAUCGCCCUGAUCAAGCUGCAGACUCCCGUCACCUUCUCUGAUUCCAUCAUGGCCGCCUGCCUGCCCGACGCCGGAUACGUCCUGCCCCACAAUGCACCCUGCUACGUCACCGGCUGGGGACGCCUCUGGACGGACGGUCCAGGUUCUGAUAUCCUGCAACAGGCUCUGCUCCCCGUGGUGGGCCAUGAGGUGUGUUCCCUGCCGGACUGGUGGUACGUGCUGGCCACCAAGGACAUGGUGUGUGCAGGAGGGGAUGGAGUGGUGGCCGGAUGCAAUGGUGACUCCGGGGGCCCUCUGAAUUGUCAGAACCCAGAUGCAUCCUGGGUAGUGGAGGGCGUGGUCAGCUUUGGUUCCGGAACCGGUUGCAACACAUUCCAGAAGCCCACCGUCUUCACCAGAACCAGCUCUUAUAUAGACUGGAUCAGCCAGGUACUCACACACACACGCAAACUGUGA